UGGCGGAUUUAGCUGUAUUUUAUACCUAAUCAGAGAGAAUUAACCAAAAAAAAUAAAAUGAAUAAACUCAGGAACAAGGGUUAAGACGCAACGACACUCUUUGCAGAAAAAAAUCUGACUUUACAAAGAAACAGUGACAAAAACCUUUUUCAACACUGAUCUUCUUCCUCUUCUCUCAAAACCAUGGAGCUACUACUAUGGCCAACUCUGAAAGAUGCAAUACAUGCUUACACUGGUCUCUCUCCGGUGGUUUUCUUCACCGUCCUCGCCCUCGCCUUCGCCGUUUACCAAGUUGUCUCAGGCUGGUUUGCUUCGCCGUUCGAUGAUGUUCGCCGACAUCAGAGGGCUAGAUCGUCGGCUGCAGAGGAGGAGCCACCGAUUCAUCCGCCUGUUCAGCUCGGUGAGAUCACUGAGGAGGAGCUUAAGCAGUACGAUGGCUCCGAUCCUCAAAAGCCCCUUCUCAUGGCCAUCAAACACCAGAUCUACGAUGUGACCCAAAGCAGGAUGUUCUAUGGACCAGGAGGACCAUAUGCUUUGUUUGCAGGGAAAGACGCAAGCAGAGCUCUUGCCAAGAUGUCAUUUGAGGAGAAAGACUUGACUUCGGACAUCUCUGGUCUUGGUCCCUUUGAGAUGGAUGCUCUUACGGACUGGGAGUACAAGUUCAAGAGCAAGUAUGCUAAUGUCGGUACGGUCAAAGUGACCGGAUCAGAAGCUGAAGCCGCAACUGUGUCUGAACACCCAGAGACUGGUGACCAUGUAACCAAGACUGAGACAACGACCGAUGUGGUUAAGAAUGAUGAGGCUCCUGCUGAGAGUGAUGUGAAGGAGUAGAUUCCAUUUCCUCUACUUACUCCGAUUUUGGUCGUAGAGACCCGUUUUAUUAUCAAAGGAUUGUAGAAUCUGUGAUGUUCAAGUGUCAGUGGUAAAUCUUGUUUCAUGAUCCCAAAAAUAACAAGUUUACUGAUUAAUAAAAGCCAUUAUAAGCUGCUUAAUCAGAAGAUGGAUGAAAAGGAGAGAGAGAGAGAGAGCGCGUUUACUUUGUUCUUCUUGACUUUUGGGAUUGAUUAAGAUGACUUUUCCACGCUGUAUAUAAGAUAGUCUCAGCUCUCAAGAGACAUAGAAAUUGUCAAAAUAACGUCAAACAUGUCUCUAUAUCAGAAGGCUGAAGAGGAGGAGCCAUCGAUUCCACAGCCUGUUCAGGUCGGUGAGAUCACGGAGGAGGAGCUUAAGCAGUACGAUGGCUCUGAUCCUCAAAAGCCCAUUCUUAUGGCCAUCAAGCAUCAGAUCUAUGAUAUUACAGAAAGCAGGAUGUUCUAUGGACAAGGAGGACCAUAUGCUUUGUUUGCUGGCAAAGACGCAAGCAGAGCUCUUGCCAAGAUGUCAUUUGAGGAGAAAGACUUGACUUCGGACAUCUCUGGUCUUGGUCCCUUUGAGAUGGAUGCUCUUACGGACUGGGAGUACAAGUUUAUGAGCAAGUAUGCUAAAGUUGGUACUGUCAAAGUGACCGGUUCAGAAGCCGAAACCGCAUCUGUAACCGGGAAUUUACCCUGAUUUGUCACAGAGACCAAUUUAAACCAAAGGAAUGUUGAUAUUUUGAUGUUGUUGAAAUGUCAAAUGAUAAAACUCUGUUUCAUCAAUCCCAAUAACCAUAUUUGAUGAUAAUUAUAGCUUAUUGAUUUGAUUCCUCCUUUCC